UGCUGUUUGUUUCUUGAAAACCUGUCUGACAUUUGGUUUGUUUUCUGUUUGUUUUUCAGAUUCCAGUGACUCUACUGGGGAAAAUCUUGGUGAAAAAGGAGAAGAUGAUUGAGCUGGGUCUGGCUGACGGGAGCCUGAUCGACGAGCUGAUGGAGCUGACAGCUCAGAGCAUCAACCACUUAGAGAUACAGGAACAUUUCAACAUCAUUAAGGAGAUCGGUCGGGGGAAAUACGGCAAAGUGCUCUUGGUCACGCAUCGCUUCAGAGGGACUCCCAUGGCCUUGAAAGUGAUGCCCAAAACUUCGACUAAGCUGCAGGGCUUCCUGCGGGAGUACUGCAUCUCCUUACACCUGUCCCACCACCCCUGCAUCGUGGGCCUCUUUGGCAUUGCCUUCCAGUCRGAAGAGCACUACUGCUUUGCCCAGGAGCUUGUCAUUGGAAGGGAUUUAUUUGCCGUCAUCCAGCCAAAAGUGGGUAUCCCAGAAUCCUCUGUGAAACGUUGUGUUGUCCAGAUCUCCAGUGCUUUGGAGUUCAUCCACAGCCAUGGCUUUGUCCACCGGGACAUCAAGCCUGAAAACAUCCUCCUGUUGGACAGUCAGUGCUGCCAGGUCAAGCUGGCAGACUUUGGUCUCGCUCAGAAGAGGGGCACCCUGAUCCGCUUCGUCACAGGAACCUUGCCCUACAUGGCCCCGGAGCUCUGCACCGUGGCUCUGCUGGACAACCAGAAGGAAGUGACCGCAGCUCCUCUGAGCGUCGAGCCGAGCCUCGACACCUGGGCCUUUGCGGUGGUCAUCUUCUGCAUCCUCACAGGCUACUUCCCCUGGGAGCACUGCAUGGACUCAGACAGCUUCUACCAGGAGUUCGCAGACUGGUGCAGCAUGACGACGAAGCCUUACACUGAGGAGGACGUUCCUCCUUUGUGGAGAAGGUUUACUCCAGAGGCCAUGGAGAUGUUCGGGAAGCUUCUGGCUCUGGAUGCACAGAAGAGGUGCACGGUGGGGGAGGUGAGAGCGUACGUGGACAAAGACUGGCUGAAGAAAGGACAUGAGAACCAGCUGUAGCAGAGAACAUUUAAGCUCCUGGAAAAUAAAAGUGGGAGGAGCCGAAUGGACAGCCUGCUUUGUAAAUUUAAGCUUUUUCAAGACAAACAGGAUCCAGCUCAUGUAGAUCCUUGAUUUACAAUGUAAAAUAUUGUCCCAAUAUAAAAAUAAUAAAACACAGCAGAGGUUUUUCCUGCAGUA